CGCAGGAGGGCGGAGCGGGGCUUGUUUGCGAGGCGGGACCGCAAGCCGGGCCUCCGCCCCUCGGCCGAGCCCAGCGCACUGCGACCGGGACCGGGACCGGGACCGGAGCCCCUCGGCCGGCAGGAUGGCUCUCCACACCCAUCCGGAUGACGCGGAACGUUUUCUGUUCGUGGACCGGGGUUACGUGUCCAGUCCGGCCUCCCAGGCGGACUGGACAGCCAAGCGUCUGGUCUGGGUGCCCUCGGCGAGACACGGCUUCGAGGCGGCCAGCGUGCGGGAGGAGCGGCCGGGCGAGGUGGUGGUGGAGCUGGUGGAGGGCAGCCGCGUCCUGACCGUUGCCCGCGACGACUUGCAGCGCAUGAACCCCCCCAAGUUCGCCAAGGUGGAAGACAUGGCCGAGCUGACCUGCCUGAAUGAAGCUUCUGUGCUGCACAACCUGAAGGACCGCUACUACUCCGGCCUCAUCUACACUUACUCAGGCCUGUUUUGUGUCGUGAUCAACCCCUACAAGAAUCUGCCCAUCUACACAGAGCAAAUAGUCGAGAUGUACAGGGGCAAGAAGAGGCACGAGAUGCCUCCUCACAUCUACGCCAUCUCUGAGACCGCCUAUCGAAGCAUGCUACAAGAUCGAGAAGACCAGUCUAUACUUUGCACGUAAGUACAUGGUUUUAUCUUCAUCUCUCACACAGAGACAGACACGCGCACACACACACACACACGCACAGAGACAC